GCCUUAUUACGCUAUUAUAUUUAAUAAAUAUAUUUUUUUCCUUGGUUUUAUAAAAAUUAUUAUUACUUAUGGACCGACUUGCGAAUAUUAUAAGUUUAAUAACCCCCAUUUAUAUAUCUUUUUUCCCCUUCCUUACAGAAUCAAUUCUCCAUUUUUCUUCUCUCUCUCUCAUUCUCCAUCUCCUCAUCUCCUUCAUAUUCUCCAUUGUCUGCUAGUUAAGGAAAACAAAAAUGGUGGAUCUUGAAAAAAGAGUGUGUUGCAUGUGUGGUGAUGUGGGUUUCUUCGACAAGCUCUUUCAUUGCAGCAAGUGCCUUAAUCGCUUUCAACACUCGUACUGUAGUAGCUAUUACAAAGAGCAAGCUGAUCCAAUCAAGAUCUGCGAUUGGUGUCAGUGUGAAGCGAGGACUCGAACCGGAACAAAGCACGGUGUUAACGGCGGAUCGUCUAAGAGAUCGUACCGGUCGGAAUAUUCUUCUGCCCACCAUAUCAAACAACAAGAGGUUAGCCAAAUUACUACAAGUAGUAGUAUCCCUCCAGCAAGCGAUAAGGGUAAAAAUGGCGUACCUUCUCCUAGAACGGCCACUCGCAGGUACAAGCUUCUCAAGGAUGUCAUGUGUUAGUAAUGUUUUCGAAUAACCAAAACUUAAGAGGGUUAUAGAGAGUUAAUUAGGAUCUGAGAUAAUAAUAAGACACAUGUAUGUAAGAUAUUAUUAGGGAUGUCGUAGAUUUUGCUAUGAGUGUGAGAAGCAAUGUAACUUGUGUCAUGGAUAUGAUGAUGUUAGUGAGUGUUUUAAAUUAGUUUUGAGUAUUUUUGGGCUGAAUGAUUGGUUAAUUAGCGAUGAUGUGUGUAUUAUCCCUCGUCAUUUGAUGACACUAUUCUGUCGCUAUUUAAAAGUAGGAUGCAUAGUUAACGAUCAUUUUAACACUGUUUUUAUUUUUGUAUUAAAAACUUGGUUGGUUUCAAAAAAAAAAGAGAGAGGAAUCAAUAAGUGUUAUCUA